AUGUCCGUUCCGAAAACGCCAAAAAGUGGUGAGAAGGAAGAGAAGACUGGUGAUAAGGAGAAGGAUAAGAAAGCGGAGCAAGCAAAAGCUCUAAAGAAAACUCAGGAUCAGGAUAUGCCACGUUUCGAAAAGGGAGGCGAGACUGAGAUAAAGACGGUGAAAGAUUCGUAUGAGAUCAUUGCUGAACUCGGCAGAGGAUCAUUCGGUGCAGUGUUCUCUGUAAUCCGGCAGUCUGAUCAACAUGUGUUCGCUUUGAAAUGUGAAUCCGUCCAUAUGAAACGAGCAAUGCUCCCAAACGAAGCAACCGCACUCAUCGCUUUGAACAUGCUCAAAUCUCCGCAUUUCGUAGAAAUGAUUGAUCGGGGAACUGUUGAAAACCGAUUCCUUUUCGUUGUCAUGAAAUGUGUUGGAAGAAAUUUAUGGGAUAUUCGAAUGGGUCUAGACGAUAAGAGAUACACGUUGACGACGAUAUUGAGGAUCGCCGAGCAGACGUUGGCAGCGUUGAGAGAUUUGCAUAGGGUCGGUUACCUGCAUCGUGACAUCAAACCUCCAAAUUUCGCCGUCGGAAGAGAUGGAGAAGACGACUAUCACACUAUCUAUAUAUUGGAUUUCGGACUCUGUCGAAGGAUUGCGACGAAGGGAAAAGAUUUGAGAAUACCAAGAGUGGAGUGCGCAUUUCGUGGAACUACCAGAUAUGCAUCAUUGGCUGCACAUAACGGAAAAGAGCAAUCCCGCAAAGACGACCUGGAAUCUUGGUGGUACAUGAUCACCGAAAUGAUCAAUCACGAUAUUCCAUGGAAGCAACUACGAGAUCGCGAUGAAGUGGCAAAAGUCAAAAAUCGGUUACGGGAAGAUGAGGAAUUUAUGAAAAAACUGUUCAACCAACGCUGCUACCCAGAAAUGAAGACAAUCCUUACAUAUUUCGAUCAGUUGGAAUAUAAAAGUAUUCCGGAUUACGAUUACGUUUUCAAUUAUAUCAGAUCUUGUGCUAUUGGUAACAAAUGUAAUUUGAAUGCUCCGCCCGACUGGGAUCCCAAUGCCAAGGAGUAUCGAGGACCGGUCUACAAGCUUGGUGAACCAUAUAUUGUGAAAGCUUUGGAGUAA